AUGAAUUCAAAAAUUAAAGGAAUAACGGAUGAUAUAACAUCAAUUCCACCAGAAGAACAGAGAUAUUACGCAUUAAAUGCAUUUCCUAAAGUUUUGAAGAUUGGAAGAUUUAAUUUAAAUGAGGAAUUCAUAAAAGGUUUCCUAAAUGACAUAAUGAAGAAGGCAGAUAAAACAUAUGUUAACGAUGAGUUAGAGAAGAAGGCAGAUAAGGAAUACGUUGAUACUGAGUUAGCAAAGAAAGCUGAUAUAUCAUUUGUUAAUGAAGAAAUAAAACAAUCGGAGGUCUAUUUUACCCCACCAUUUUUAAAUUUUAUGAAAUCAUCAGAUAAAACAUUUGAAGAUAUUGAAUGGUUAUGUUUCGAUGGAGUGACCAUGUAUUUAUUUUAUACAGGCGGAGUGCUUUAUUAUUUUAAAACAAAUGAUUUUAAAAACUAUGAAUCAUUUACUCCAUCCGUUUUGAAUCCUGAUACACGAGAGCCAAUCAUUAAUCCAAGAAUUUUUUAUGUUGAAUAUAAUAACGGCAAAUUUAUGGGAAUGA